AUGGUGUUGUAUAACUUGUGUCUAAUAGUUGCGGCUUUUGCCGCCGUCAUACAUUGUGAAGAUUGUGUUUUCAAUCUGAAACACAACGGAAAAGAUAUUCAAUUUGAUUUGAAUCGUUUCGAAGAACUUGAAAAAGUGAAUUUCAACAAGUCUAAUGAUGUUUACUUAAAUAUAAAGUUAUGUAAAAGCAAUGAACAUAUAUCAACUUGCGACGGAAUUAAGUCCAAAAUAUGCUUAGUUAAAUACAAAAGCACUAAAGCAGAUAUUGGAUCCAAAAUUAAAGAUGUGAAAUUAGAUGUUAAAGAUCAACUGGUUUUGUCUUUGGAAGGAAAUACUAUUUGUGAAAAAAAUCUAAAAUAUUCGACAGAUCUAACGUUUACUUGCAAUAAACAUAUGAAUGAAAAUAAAAUGGAUUUUAAGGUAAAUGUAAAUCAUUGCAAGUAUGUUAUAGAAUUGGAGUCUGCAGUUGGUUGCCCAGUAGAUGAUUUGGAUAUAAGAAAUGUUUGUAAAGUUACAAUACCGCAUAUAAAUUUUAAAUUUAAUUUGAAUGCUUUACGACGUUUAACCCUUAACUAUUUGGUUGAAAAUCAAAAUCGUCAAUUUGAGCUCAAUAUCUGUGGCCGUCUUACCGAGAACAACAAAUGUGGUGGUAAUAUCACAACAAUAUGUGAUAUAACUGAUAUCAGAAAUCCUAAAGUGUAUGCCGUUGGAAAAUAUGCAAACGAUCAACUUCUGUAUGAUACAGAUAGUAAAAGCUUAAAAUUGAUCCAACAUGAAAAAGCUACUAAAAAAAAAAGAGGCAGGAGAAUUGAAUUCAUUUUUAAGUGUGAUGAAAAUAUAGCACCUGGAAAAACAAAACCAAAAUUUUUAAAUGAAGAAAAUUACCAAGAUAAAACAAUUUCCCCAAAUAUUGCAUAUUUUGAAGUAGCUACAUCAGCUGUUUGUAUACCAAGAAUGAUAUUAUGUGAAGUGAUUUCAAAAUAUACAGCUCGUUUCAAUUUAAAACCUUUACACAAGCGAGUAGACAAUUGGAAGAUCAUUAAUAAAAACAAUCGUGGAAUUUUUUACUUAAAUAUUUGUGGUUAUUUAAACGAAUAUGAUGGACAAAUUUCAACUUCAUGUACAGUUGAUGGUAAAACUUCAGCUUGUUAUGUGGAUGGUUCAGGUAAAGGAAUUUCUAUUGGGUCAACUCAAAUUGGUCCUUACUAUGAUGGAAAUUCAAUAAUAUUGAAUUAUACAGAUGGAGAUAAGUGUAGCAAUUCUUUGAAGUGGUCAACGGUUAUUAAUUUAACUUGUUCUGGUGAAACUAAACUCAUACAUGAAACAACAAAUUUCACUUCAUGUACCCAUGUAUUUAAUUGGAAAACACCUAAAGCAUGUGAAAUAUUGUUUGAGAGAAAAGAUCAGUGUAUGGUUACACACCCAUGGUAUUCUCAAACUGUGUACAAUUUUAGCAAUUUAAAAGAUCAGACGUUUGAAAAGAAUAUUGAAGAUAAUGCAUCAUUUCGGUUUAGUAUUUGUGGCCCAUUGCAAAAACCAUGUAAUGGUAUUAUAGAUUCAGCAGCAUGUUGGUCAGCUGGUGGAACUGAAAUGAACAUAGGGCUAUUUACUGAACAGAUAGUGUUUGAUAAUGGUUCCAUCUAUAUGUCUAUGCAGGGAGAAAAAUGUGUUAAUAAUGGACAGGGACCUAAUAGUCACACUGUUAUUCGAUUUGUGUGUGAUUACUUAGAUUCAAAUUGGAUUGAAUACAAAAAGGACUUUGAAGAAUGUACUUUUCAAUUCACCAUAAGUACAAAAUAUGCGUGUACUCAGCCGUUAAAAACUAAUAAUUGUACUGUUGAUGAUCAAAUGGGAAAUAUAUUUGAUCUAAGUAAAUUAACUAAAUCAAACAGUAAUUAUGAAAUUAUUACUAACCAAAAGAAAACAAUUAUUUUAAAUGUUUGUCAUUCUGUUAUUAAUAAUGAUAUUAAUGGUGUAAACUGUCAAUUCAAUAGUGGAGUCUGUUUAGUCGACCAUACUAAUUUAUUAUAUUCCAACCGAUAUAAAAAUCUUGGGGAUGUGAACGAAAGCCCUCAAAAAAAGGGAAAUAAAAUUAUAUUAGAAAUGAUCAAUGGUUUUUAUAAUAACCACAAAGUUUCUUCAGUCAUUGAAUUUAUAUGUUCAAAUAAGAAUAAUGGUCCAGUAUUAACUGCCGAAGAAAAUCAUAAAUUUAUAUUCCAAUGGUUCACACCAUUGGUGUGUCCUAAUCAUCAACAUAUUAAAAAAAGAGAAAUAAUAAACAAUUAUAGUACAUUGAAGCAAACUGACCUACAAAUUGAUGGAUUAAACUAUACCAUAUAUAUUUGUCCCAAAAACAAUAAUGAUGUUAAUUAUAAUUCAGAAAUUUGUUUAAAUAAUAAUUCUCCACUUGGACGAAAAAUAAUUUUGUCUGUCAAUAAACAGAACAUAGCAUAUACUCUGCAAAACAAAUUGUAUUUUGAUCAUAUCACUAAUACAGUUUGUGAUGAAAAAAGGAAUACAACAGUUCAAAUAAGGUUUAUGUUUUAUUGUGGGUAUAAGCUACAAAUACCUAAAAUUGCAAAAAAUAAUUGUGAAAUUAAUGUUCUCAGUAUCAAUCCCGAGAUGUGUGAUGAAAAAUUGGAAUGCAAUGCGGGUUUAUAUGAUUUAACACCGAUUAAAGGAACUCAUAUAGUUAAUAUUAAUGAAAGAAAGUAUUAUAUUAACAUAUGUAUACCCGGAGCAGAAGGUAUUGGAGGAAUAAUGGAACUCAAUAAUAUAAAUUAUAAUAUUGGUUAUCAAUUAACACCAUUUAAAACAAAUGAGGAGGAAACUGUUGAAAUGUCUUUUACAUAUGGAGAUAGUUGUAUUGAUUCAAGAUUAAAAUUUCCAAACACUAAAUAUUCUACUACAAUGAAAUUUAUAUGUGAUAUUUCUGAAAAUGAAGUAUAA